GCUGGGAGUUUUCCAACAGUCUCAUCAGAAUAAUCUCGAGGAUCCAACUGACAACACAAUGGCAGAAGCCGCUCCAGCCGCCGCCGCCGCCGCCGCCGCCACACCGGCAAAGUCUCCGAAGAAGAGAGCUCCCAGACCGAAGAAAUCUGGACCCAGCGCCCCUGAGCUCGUCUUGACAGCAGUCUCUGCCUCCAAGGACCGUAAAGGGAUUUCUUUAUUUGCCCUGAAGAAGGAGCUGGCCACUCAGGGCUACGACAACGCCGUCCAGAUCAAACGCGCCGUAAAGAGCCUUCUGCUGAAAGGAUCCCUCGUGAGGACGAAGGGAACCGGAGUGUCCGGGUCCUUCAAGGCGAGCAAGCCCACUGAGAAACCCAAGACUGUAGUGAAGAAGCCCGCCGCCAAAGCCAAGAAGCCGGUAGCGAAGAAACCCAUCGCUAAGAAAGCCGCAGCCGCCAAGAAGCCAAAAGCCGCAACACCCAAGAAGGCGAAGAGGUCCGCUACCCCCCAGAAAACCUCCGUGAAGAAGGUUACAAAGACCCAGAAGAAGAAGGCAGUGACCCCCAAGAAGGCAGUGACUCCCAACAAGGCAGUGACUCCCAAGAAAGCUGCGAAGAAGGUCGUUAAAGCCAAACCAGCGAACAAGACUGCAGCGAAGAAGACUGCAGCGAAGAAGACUGCAGCGAAGAAACCAGCGAAGAAGUAAACACGCUGCUUCACCCAUCAAAAGGCUCUUUUAAGAGCCACCCACAUACACUAAAGCACUUUUCCUUAAUAUAUGUUAUGCUAUGUGUUCACUUUAUUAUGUAUGCUUUAUUUAUUGUCAUAUGCACAGCUGUCGAAGGGAAGCUGCGAUGAUUAAACUAAUAUAUUGCAUAUAAGGGGGGGGGGGGGCAGAUUCAAAUUAUUAAAUAGCAUUCAGCCAAACUGACGUCUAUAUAGUAUCAAGAUAUUUAAAUAUAUGAACACUUCCGGGGUAAUGUUUUUGUAAACAAGCAACAGCUGAAACAAUCCAAUGAUGUAGUUGAAUGUUAACACGGAUUCAAAACUAUUGAGAAUAUACUACAUUUAUUGAAACAUCAG